UCUCUCACUCCCAACCUCCGGCUUGUCCUUAUCCUCGGUCUAUCCCCACCAGACCUCUGAGGACUUGUCGAAUCUCGGUUGCUGGCUCUGCGCUCGUUUUCACACUCUCUUCAUCGGGCCGUCAAAUUCAGCUGGCAUUCUGCACAAAAUCGUGACCCGCUGACCGAGGAAGGUUUUCUGUUGCGGGCUGCCCCGAUCAGCAUCACCAGAGAUGUCCGAUAGCCAGUCUGAAGCGGACAAGAUCCGCAGCAAGCGCUUGGCAAAGCUGGGAAAUCCCACUCCAUCGUCGCCCGUCGACGGCGCUGCGUCGAGCCAGCCCGCAUCGCCCUCGCAGCCCUCGCCUGCAUCCAGAUUCCCAGACCGACCCCAGUCACAACCGCGAUCCAACCUGAGCAGUGCAGCUCCUUCACGGGCCUCGUCGCCGCAACCACAGUCCCUGCAAUCGGAAUGGAAGCGGAUCAAGAUCGCACCUCCCACUGCCGCCAGCGCAGCCCCGGACCGGUCGCAAACCGUUACCCCAGUCUCGGGCACCCCACCCUCAACGAGAGCUGACGAGAGCAUUGAGUCCUUUGCCGAUCGGACGCUGAGCGCCGUUUUCAAGCUGACUCUGAACGAGGCUCGUCAGAAGGAUAUUCAUGGACAAAGGUUAACCUUCCUACCCGGACUGCGGGGGGAACUCGAGGAACAAGGCCGCGACAUCCGCAUUGAGCUGUCGGUGCUGGACCAGGCGCUCUUGGAGGCAGCUUCUAACGCCCCGCAGCAGAAGCCAUUGGAUUACCUGCUCCCGUGCUGGAGGCGGAUCUCGAGACUCCACAAAGGAUUCCGUCGUCCCCGGGAGGAUGACCCGAAAUACAGCGUGAUCUGUGAGGCCCGUCGCAUGUGCAUGAGCUACUGCAUCUUUGCAAUCACCAUGCCGGAAAUGUUCGGGCUUGAGACUUCGGAAAAGUCGUCUCUUAAACCCUAUCUCCUUCUGGAUCCUGAGGAGGAUAGAGGUGUGGAUUUCGAGUUCAUUGGCGAGGCUGUGAGCCGAUUCAGCGAGGAUGAUAGCAUCAAGCCGGCUUUCAUCGCUGCUGUGGAGGAAAUGAGCCAGGAGCUUGCUGGCUUGACCAUUAAUGACGAUUACAAGCCCUACCUCACAGCUUUGCGGAACCUUGUGCACAACGCGGCCAUUGCGGCUGCCAUCACUGAGUCGUCCAACUUCAAUGAGUCUCGGGAUCCGGCUCAAUUCGAAAAGAGCACGCUUCUUGGCCCAUGGUUCAGUCUAUCUCCGCUUCAGAGCAGUGUGACGAUGACAUACUUCUCAAGCCCCAAAACAAGAGAUCAAUCAUACAUCUUGAACGCACAACGGUCAAUCCGGAUGAUGCAGCAUAUGAUCAGCUCGGAUCUUCUAGAUGUCAUCAACCAUAUGAUCCGAGCUUCAAAGGAUGCCAGGGAUCGGGUGCUGGACUGGUUCGCAGCCUCCCUGAACAUCAACCACAAACGACGGGCAAUGCAAGUGGAUCCCACCACCGUAUCUUCCGAUGGGUUCAUGUUCAACAUCACAACUUGCUUGGACCAGCUCUGUGAGCCGUUCAUGGAUGCAAGCUUCACUAAGAUCGACAGGGUCGAUGCAAACUAUCUACACCGCAAGCCUCGGGUGGAUAUGAAGGACGAAACCAAGAUUAAUGCCGAUCAGCAUGCCUCUGAUGCUUUCUAUGCCAGUUCAACAGAGGGGACGUCCAACUUCAUUACAGAGAUCUUCUUCCUCACCGUGGCCGCCCAUCAUUACGGCAGUGAAUCUCUGACCACAAAGCUCGAGCAGCUCGAGAAAGACCUGCGACACAUGGAGUCAACCAUCAACAAAUUCGAGUUGGAAAGGCAUCGGUGGGUGAACAACCCGGUCCAGCUCAGAGUGUUCGAACAGGCCCUCAAGAAGUACAAAGACAAAUUAGAUCUGGGCCUGGCCCUGAAAUACAGUUUGCAGGGUGUCUUGUUUGACGAUCAAUGGCAGGCUCGGUCCAUGCUGUUCAUGCGAUAUGUGGUUGUCUGGUUACUGCGGGUAGUAUCAGGCACCAAUUUCCCGAAAGAACCGCUCAAGCUUCCUUUGCCUGAGCAGCAACCGGAGGUUUUCCAAUGUCUGCCAGAGUACUUCCUUGAUGACAUCGUCAGCAACUUCAAGUUCAUCAUGUGGGCCAUGCCUCAGAUCAUUACAGCCACGCAAGGAGACGAGCUGGUUAUGCUCUGCAUUACCUUCCUAGAGAGCUCGGCCUACAUCAAGAACCCCUAUCUCAAAGCAGGUCUCGUCUCUAUCAUGUUUCGAGGAACCUGGCCCCGCCCUGGAGGCGGUCGCGGUGUCCUCGUGGACUUGCUCAAUUCUAUGCCUUUUGCCAACCAGCACCUGCUGCACGCCCUGAUGAAGUUCUACAUCGAGGCUGAACACACCGGCACCCACACCCAGUUCUUCGACAAGUUCAAUAUCCGUUACGAGAUCUUCCAAAUCAUCCAAUGUAUUUGGCCCAAUACCCAUUACCGCAACAAACUCUACAACCAGUCCAAGCAGAACCUGGACUUCUUCGUUCGCUUCGUCAAUCUCCUGCUGAAUGACGUGACCUAUGUGCUCGAUGAGUCCUUUGGCGCUUUCAUCACCAUCUACAAAACUCAGACCGAACUGCGCAAUGCGGCAGCAAUGGAGCCUACGGCGCGUCAGCAAAAGGAAGAACAGCUGGCGGCCGCGCAGCGCAACGCCAAGUCAUAUAUGCAGUUGACCAAUGAGACAGUUUCCAUGCUGAAGCUGUUCACGGACGCGCUGGCGGAUUCCUUCACGAUGCCUGAGAUCGUCCAGAGACUGGCAGACAUGCUUGAUUACAACCUGGACGCCAUGGUAGGACCCAAGAGUGCCACUUUGCGCGUGGACAAUUUGCAGGAGUACGGGUUCAACCCACGGGCUCUGCUGAGCGAGAUUGUUGAUGUUUAUCUGAACCUCACGGGCAAAGAGAGCUUCAUUGUCGCUGUGGCUCGUGAUGGUCGGUCUUACAAGCCUGCCAACUUUGAAAAGGCGGCCGAGAUCCUGCGGAAAUGGUCCCUGAAAUCGCCCGAGGAGCUCAAGCGAUGGGAGCAAUUCCAGCACAAGGUGAAGGCAGCCAAGGAAGAAGACGAGCAGGCCGAAGAGGACCUUGGAGAGGUCCCUGAUGACUUCUUGGAUCCUCUGAUGUACACCUUGAUGGAAGACCCUGUGAUCUUGCCCGGAUCCAGGGUAUCCAUUGACCGCUCCACCAUUCGCUCUCAUCUUCUCAGUGACCCUCACGAUCCUUUUAACCGCGCUCCGCUGAAGAUGGAGGAUGUCACACCCGAUACGGAACUCAAAGCCAAGAUCGAAGCUUUCAAGGCCGAACGGAUGGCAGCACGCAGGCAAGCUAAACCCGCCGACCCGAUGGACACGACUACGGGUUAAUUGCGAGCGGAGAGGAACGGCGUUGGUGCAGAAGGCAUUUCCGCGGGGCAUGUCCUAAUUAGCGCGUUGACCAUGUGAUGAGAUAACUGCUUUGCUGCUUGCUUUUUUAUCGAAAGAAGGUCGGAUUGGGAGUUUUCGUUUUGCGUGCGUUGGAUUAUCAUCAUAGAAUAGCCGGCUCGGGGCAGAUGUUCUGCUGCAACUCGAUCAAGUGCCCCGUGGUCUAUUUGCAUUGCCGGGAUGAUUUGAACCCAAUGAUGUUAUGGUUUUGGAAAUCUAAGCAUGAAUGGUACGGGCGCAAUGGAC